AUGGCAACUUUCGCGAAAGUCGUGCAAGUAUCGAAAAGUGUAAAUAAUGUGAUAAAACAGUUUACAAAUUUGUCUUUAUCCCAAAAUGCUAAUGCAAUUUGCAGUCCGAUAUUUAUUCGAAGGAUACCCACUUUUCACUAUGCAUUAAUUCAUACUACAUCUAGACGUAAUAGUUUAAUGGAAUUUUUUGAUGACCCAAAAAAUUGGGGAGCGAAUAAAGUACGAGUAGGACGUGCUUGGCGAAAGGAUGAACUAAGAUUAAAAAACAAUGAAGAACUUCAUAAGUUGUGGUUUGUGUUAUUAAAAGAACGUAAUAUGCUUUUAACAAUGGAAGAAAUUUAUAAGCAGGAGUGGAAAUACUUUCCAAAUCCUGAAAGAAUUGACAAAAUUGAAGACAGUAUGUCUAAUUUGGAGUCAGUAGUUCGUGAAAGGAAUAGAGCAUACCAUUUGCUUGAAACUGGAACAACUGGAGAACGACCUACACAAUUGAAGUAUAAUCAACUUGGCUUACGUUACCUCUAUCGACUCCGCCAGCACAUUAUACCAAAAUAUAAGAAUACUUUGUGGCACAAAACACACAAAUUUUCAUUUGGUGGAUACGCAGUGCGCAAAUUUUUACGAUUGUAUAGAGAGAAACUUUGGAAUGGAAAACGCAAAUUACGCAUGUUCAUUUUCCCUAACCUUGACAUGGAGGCUGUGAAAGAAAAAUAUCCACUGGCGGAUCUAGAUAAAUUGUUUCGAUGUCGAGAAAUUGGCAUUCUCCAUGUUCGUAAACGCAACGAACUCAUUUUACGAAAUACGUGCGGCAACAUAAUCGACUAA